AGUGCUACGCCGUGUUUCAGUGCGCCCAGCCACGAGCCGAACGCGAAAAACGGUUUUGAGAAAUAUUUUUGAAACAUUUCAUUUGCAUUUGCAUUCAGCUCCUUGCAGCUAACUGAAUUUUAUAUAAUAAGCAACGCCGUGAAACCGCUGCAGCAGCAUCAGCAGCCGCCAUGCAGGUCUUCGAUAACAAUAUGCGCCGUGCCUCACGUCGCGCCUCAUUGCGCCGUGGCUCGAUUUCGGCGCUGCCCCAGAAAUCGGCCGAGAUUCCAUGGGACAUCUUCGAGCGACUCUUUAUGCCGUUCCUGUUCUGCCAGGCGGCUGCCAUUGUCAGUUCGCAUCUGCUGCAUGCGCUGAACAUUUCAAACAUCUCAACAUUUGCGGUAUUCGUCUGGUUCGCCCUGUCCACCGUGGGAGCGGUGCUGUUCUACCACUUUGUGAAGGUUUCGGCAUCGGGCAAAGGUGUGCUAAUCACCGGCUGUGACGCGCCUUUGGCCUGGUAUCUGGCUAAGAAAUUGGACGAUCUGGGCUUUACUGUCUACGCGGGCUUUGCGUCGUCCAUCGAAGACUCCGACGAGGCCAAAAUCCUGAAAGAGGAGACAUCAGGACGCAUGAAGCUGUUGAAUGUCGACGUUACCUCCGAGAAGAGCCUUUUGGAAGCGGCCCGUUAUGUCUCGCAGCAUUUGCCACAUGGCGCCGAGGGCCUGUGGGCUGUAGUUCACGGUGCCACUUGGAUUGCGCUUGGUGAGCUGGAGUGGAUACCGUUUACCGUGCUGCGCAAAAGCUUGGAUCUCAAUCUACUCGGCGCCGCUCGUCUGACUCAAAUCUUUUUGCCGCUGGUGCGCCGUGCCCAUGGACGUGUGGUGUUCCUUACCUCUGGCCUGAACCGAGUGCCCUCGCCGGUGCGUGGCAUCCAGUGCGCCACUCAGGCGGCCGUCGACUCCUUCGCUGCCUGUCUGCGCCAGGAGAUGCGCACACGUGGCGUGGAUGUGUCUGUGGUGGCGGCGGGCGAGUUUGCACCGGGCAAUGGUUGGCUCAACGACACGGAGCUGCGCGAACAGGCCAAGCAAAUGUGGAACCAGUUAUCCUCGGAGCAAAAGAAAACCUACGGCGAGGACUACUACGAGGCGGCCAUGACAUCCGUGGAGAAAUACUCGCGCCAGGCCGCUGACAUUCAGCCCACGCUGCGCGUGCUCAUCGAUGCCGUGACUAGGACCUUCCCCAUGGCCCGCUACACGCCCGUCACUGCCAAGGAGAAGCUGCAAAUAUUCUUGGCCGAACACUUGCCGCCCUCACUGUACGAGUCCAUCUAUGGCGAGCAAAAGAAAUUUGUCUAUUAAAAAUUAUUUUGUUUUGUUGCCCAUUUCCGUUUCCGAUUCCGAUUCCGUUUCCGUUCCCCCUCUGUCUUCACUUAUGACCCAUUUUGCCCAACCCCACUUGACGACGCCUCUGCAUAUUGUGUCCCUCCCACGAAAUUGUUAUUAUUUUUCUACUGCUCCGCUAUGGUCUAAAGCGCAUUUAAGAUGAGGCAACGCGUUGUCACUACUCACUGAGCAUUUAGCGUUUCUCUUCAUACAACUAGUUAUAUCUACUUUAUCAUCUAUCUCAGUCUAUCAAUUCUAUUCCCCUCUCUCACUCUCUAUCUCUACCGCUCUCUCUGAAAUUAUGCGUCACUCGAUAUUUAUAUUUUUGUUCUGUUUCCUUUUAGUUCGUAGCGUGAAUUGUAAAUCAUA